CAAGUUUUAGAAAAAAGAAAUAAAAAAAGUAAAAAAAAUAUCUGAAUCUCAUUUCACUGAAAGAAAAAAGCAAAAAAGUAAAUUAGAUAGUUGAUGUUAUUAAAGAAUUGAGUAAUAGUUUAAAGAAAUAAUAAGAGAAUGAGAGAGUCUCCAUGUCUGGCUCUUACUGGUUAACAAAAAAAAUAGUGUAUUUCGGGUACACACAUACUAAAUUAUCUUAGCAUUUAAAUGUUGAAGGGUAUUUUCAUAAAUAUUUUAGGGUGAUUUUACAAUGCACCCCCUUAAAAGGGAUGUAUUGAUGCACCCUUAACUUAUUUCGGCAUUCAGAAAAAAAAUUUAAUCUAAUUUUUUUUCAUAUUCAUGUACGUUAUAGCUAUUUAAGAUAUCCUACAAAAUUUUGAGAAAUUCGGAAUAAUUUAUAAUAUAGAAAAUAAUGUUCAAACACUCGAUUUUACACGCGUAUAAAAUAAAAUAGUCACGCGUGCAAUACAAUGUUGAACAUAGAUUUCGGCGUGUUAAACUUUUCCAAAUUUUUUAAAAUUUUGCAGGAUGUCUUAAAUAACUAUAACGUACAUGACCAUGAGAAAAAAUUUGACUGAAAAAUUAUUUCGGAUGCUAAAACAAAUAAGGGUGCAUCAAUGUAUCCAUUUUAAGGGUGUGCAUGGUAGAAUUUUCUAAUAUUUUAUUAAGUGCGCAUGUUGAGGUAAUUUGCUCUUAAAAAAGUCGAGGAAGAAGGCCCAUGCAAAUAAUUGGCAUUACUUGGCCCGCCUGGCACUCGGCCCAGUUAAGACAUUGAGAGAGAGGGAUAAAAGAUUGUUCUUUGGGCCUCCAUUACCCUCACAAACCACAGGGCCCACAUUCUCCACUAAAGGGCACGGGUUGACCGAGUCAACCCAAUUCCUCACCUCUUUCCCUCCAACGGUAAUAUCUUUCUCAAAUAUUCAAAAUUUGUUGCUCUUUAGGCAAAGAAGCAGGAGCCUUUCUCGCCUCCAGAGAACCCGAAAGAGAAACUUCACCAGAAAAAGCAAGCCUCGUCCCAUACAUCGAGGCACACGGACGCAUGACCGGAGCAACACCAUCAGCCAAAACAACAUAAAAGAUCAAUUCUGAAUCAGGCCCAACUAACUUGACAUUACCAUCUUUGUAGUAACAUCUUCUGAGUAUCCUUUUUUUAUUUGCUGAAACUUUCCAUAUUUCCUUAUUCCUGCAAAAUAUCCUCCUUGUCUUUCAAAGUAUCAAUGUCCAUAUGUAAUUUGUAUCACCAAAAUGUCCUCAGCUCAGCUGCUAUCAAUUUGUAUUUAUACUCUGUUACCAGUACAAAAUUUCAAUUAAUGUAAGCUAUUGUUUAAUUAGCUUUUAAAAAUAUUAUUCAUAUUCUCAUUCAUUUCCCAUCUGUUUAUUCCUUACAACCAAACACACCUUAUAGUAGAGCUUUGAAAAUCAAAAUGUUUUUUUUUUGACAAAGGAAAGCUUUAGCUUAUUCCUCAUCCUUGGAAUUGAUUGUAAUUAUAUUAGCAAUAGGAUGAGCUUAAUUAAAUACAUAGCCUUUUCAGAUUGGAGGUCUGAACUGAUCAUUUCCUUAUUCAUGCAAAUUUUUUGUUUCCCACACUAUCAACUCCAUGCACUGCACUUUGUAUCACCCAAAAUGGUUCCACUACACUGUACACGCAUGCUAUCAUUUAUAGCCAAAUAAAUGAGAAAAAAAGAACAAACAACAAAAAAGUGGUUAACAAUAUUAAGUAGCAGAAGGUAUUUUGCAUUUCUCAUUUUGAACUGAGCUAUACAAAGAAAACCAUUCUCUUUUCUCUCUUCUUAGUAGCAGAAGGUAUUUCUUUUUCUUCUCAACUUUCUAUUUUUCUUUUUAAACUUAAUAUAUAUAUGUUUGUGUGUUUACUGUGUUCUAACUUUAUAUACCAAUAAAUUGGAGCUACUUUGGUAAUAGGAUUAGCCUAAUGGACAAAGGAAGGCACAUGAAUGAAAAAAUGGGACUAAACCUUCUCCCAUUUGAAGGAGUAACAGAAACAAUAAAAGUUACCUGUGAUAUGUUUAAUCCACUUCAAAUCACCAGUGGUUGGGAAAAGUACUUAGCCAUGGAAGUUGACAACAGCAAUCUCCACAGAAAUUUGCACAAUAGAUCCAUUUUGAUUAUAGACAAAUAUUCUAAAUGGGAACCAUUCGACGCUUGGAUUCCAUAUCUGGCUGCGAAUCUGUUCAAUCUCUACGUCUGUAAAGAACAGGUUGAGUAUGAAAGUGAAACAAGCAUUGAUCUCAUUGCCCUAUGUUGUCUUGACAUUGCUUGGAAAACAAGAGACAAAUACUUUUCCAUUGGUCAUCUUAAGGCAAAAUAUUGGGAACUCCAUAGCAUAACACAAAGUAAGUGUUAUGAUAUGGAGUUCCAAAUCUUGAACGCCCUUGGAUUUACUAAGAGCUUAGGAGUUGUCACUCCUUUAAGUUUUGCAAGUUAUUUCGAAUCUCUGGUGGGAAUGCAGUUCCAUUUUCACGACUACACUGAUUUAUUCUGUCAAACUAUAGUACAAUUGCAGUGUGAAUAUUGGGUUGCAAAGAUGAGACCCUCACUUAUUGCAGCAUUAGCUGCAUUAGUGAUUUCCACACUAUUUCCUCGGAAAGUUUUUAACCAGUUUUACAAGGCGCUCCAAGAGAACCAAAUCAUCACAGAGGAUGAGUUCUUCUCCUUUUAUCCUGAAAUGUUGAAAGCCUUUCAGAAACGCAAGAUAAAGAAUGAACACUUGAGGUGGUCUCACUCGACAGAAACUUUAUUGAACUUUCCAAUCAAAUGGAAGGUUGGUGUCAAAUGUGUAGGAACAUUUUCGAUAUUUGAAAAUGUAACAAUAGUUGAAGAGCCAAAAUUAGAGCCGAAGUUAGAAAGCUGCAGCACAAAGAAGAAUGAAUACUUCAAAGAAUUGGACAAAAAAAUCGAGGAUAUGCAAAAUAAGUCUAAGAUAGUAGAUGGUCCAUUUGUAGUAAUAGUUUCUUUCACCCUUGCCUUACAAGGAUGGUUUGGGGCCAUAAUUCCAGGGUGUAGCGGUGGUCUUGCCCUUAUAGCAUCGGUACUAACUAUUAUUUCAGGGUGUCUUUAUUGGCUUACACACAUCACAAAUGAGAAGUGGCUGGAACAAAAAUAUACUAGUGAACUUUUAAGGAUGAAUGAGCAUCUCAUAAGUGUUGUUGAGAGUGAUGAUUCGAAUAAUUUCGAGAGUUGGUACCCUAGAAACACUCUCGAGUCAGCUAGCGUUUUCAAAGCCAAGCUUUCAAGCAAACUCAAAGAGGACAAAAAACGGGAAAAGAAGACCAAAAAAUGGGGCAGCCAUAAGAUUGUAGUUGUGCUUAUAAUAGUUCAUAUAUGUGCUAGUGUAGUGAACAUUAUAGGAUUUUACCAGUCUUGUAGCAAGCAUUGAAUCUUGCUUUUAGAAACCAGAUUGUUAUAGUUUUGUGUUUUGUUCUAUUUUAUGUCUUUGUGUUUUAUACUGUGCGAUGUUGAAAGUCACUACUGACUUAGAAAGUUCUAGAAUAGUUAAGUACUGUUUAAAUGAAUGAAGUGAAUUCUAAGACUUGGACCUUAAA